UAAACCGGUUGAACCCCGGUUGAAUCUCGGUCGAACCAAUGAACCAUUGAACCAGUGACUUCACUGAUUUAUUGACCGGUCCGGUUCUUGCAACCUGGCUUUCUCUUAAACUCUCCCCUUCCAACAAGAUAACAACAACCAUCUCUACGCCGUCGUUUCUAAUCUGCUACGCCUGCGAUCAAUGUCGGUUGCCACUCAGCACGUUCUUCAGGUGAGGGACAAAAUCGAACUUUCCGACAUUGAGCGCAGGAUCUUCGAUAGGCUUCUCGCCAGUCUCCGCCACUUCAACCUCCAAACUCAGGUCCGCGUCGCCGGCGGCUGGGUCCGUGACAAGCUCCUGGCAAAGGAUUGCUAUGACAUCGAUAUCGCUCUUGACAAUAUGAUGGGCACCGAGUUUGCCCAUAAGGUGAAGGAGUACUUGGUGUCCAUCGGUGAAGGUAAAGAUGUUCGGGGUGAUGGCAAGAUUAAGUCCAACCCUGACCGGUCUAAACAUUUGGAGACAGCAACGAUGCGUUGGUUGGAUAUGCAGAUUGAUUUUGUUAACUUAAGGAGUGAAGAGUAUAUUAAGAAUAGCCGCAUUCCUUCUAAGUUGGACUCACGUGAAUGUCUUGUCUUGUUAUCGAUGAAGCAAAGCUUUGGCACACCUGAAGAGGAUGCAUGUAGGAGGGAUUUGACAAUUAACAGCUUAUUCUACAAUAUCCACACUGACUCGGUUGAAGAUUAUACCAAAAGAGGGAUCUCAGACCUUAAGUCCGGAAGGAUAGUGACUCCUUUACCUCCAAAGGCCACCUUUCUUGAUGAUCCUUUACGAGUUCUUCGAGCCAUUAGAUUUGGUGUUAGAUUUGAAUUCACUCUAGAUGAAGAUCUGAAAGUAGCUGCUGCAUGUGAUGAUGUGAAAGAUGCUCUAGCUGCUAAAGUUAGCAAAGAGCGCAUUGGAAAAGAGGUUGAUCUUAUGAUAUCUGGAAAUCAAGCUGUCAAAGCAAUGACUCAUAUUUGUGAUCUGACAUUAUUUUGGAAUGUGUUCAGUCUUCCUCCUGUGUUUAAACCUGCUAUUUCAGAUGGAUGUGAAAGGCUUUGCGUUGCUUACUUGGACACUGCAUGGAACCUUAUCCAUUUACUCAAAGAGUCAACCUUUAAAGACAAAGAAAGGAGAUUUUUACUUUUUGCUGCAUUGUUCCUCCCACUUAAAAAUACCACUUACCAAGUUAAGAAAGCGAAGAUGGUUCCUGUUGUCAAUUAUAUUAUUGUUGACUCACUCAAGCAAAAAGGCGAGGAUGCAAAAAUGGUGCUUGAUUUACACCGAGCAUCACACAAAUUCUUGUCGUUGAUUCCUUGUCUUGCAUCUAAUGAGGAUUUGCAACCUGAUGAUGUUGAUUGGAUGAGAGGAUUGAUUGAUGAUGUCUCUAUUGCCUCUAGAGUCCGGGUUCUAACAGGUUUUGUCUUGAGGGAGAUUAAAGAUUUAUGGAGAGUUGCACUAUUGGUAUCCAUAUUAUUACAUCCCAUUGGCAUUAACGACACUGAGGAUGAAUCCUCACAAUUGCACAAACGAAGAGAUCUGUUUAAUAGAGUGGAGAGUUCUAUAAUAAAACUAGGCCUCGACAAAGUUUGGGAGGUGAAGCCAUUGAUCAAUGGCGAAGAUAUUAUGAAUGUCUUGCAGCUUAAAGAAGGACCACUCGUUAAGGAGUGGAAAGAAAAAUCAAUGGCAUGGCAACUUGUCGAUCCUUCUAGAACUACUGAGGAAUGCAUUGACUGGUUAAGAGAAGUCAAUUCUAAGCGGGUAAAGUUGGAGUGAGGUCGGAAUGCCUUUGAUCAUUUGUCUGUUCCAUACCAUGUCACCGAUAUUGAAAUACGGAACACCUUUGCCUUGGAUGAUACGGGGAAUCCACUUAAUGCACACAUGGCUUGUGAAUGUUGUAUGAAGCUCACAAUUAGGAUGAAAGUAUUUAUGUAUAUAAACAUGAUAUAUGAAUUAUGAAUAUAUCUAAAAUUAUUUAUAAA